CAGAGCUGAUCCCACGUGUGACGCUCGCAUUCCCGGCUCAGUAAUAUUCUCUUAGCGGGGCUACGGGUAGCGUUCGCUCUGACAGUGUGUGUGUUAGUUACUGGCCAUAGUUGGGUUAGCAAUGGAGGGAGACGGGAGCCAAGCCACAUCUGGAAGCCCUAACGAUUCGCAACACGACCCGGGUAAAAUGUUUAUCGGUGGCCUCAGCUGGCAAACUUCACCAGACAGCCUUAGAGACUAUUUUAGUAAAUUUGGAGAAAUCAGAGAAUGUAUGGUGAUGAGGGAUCCCACAACAAAACGUUCCAGGGGAUUUGGCUUCGUUACGUUUGCGGAUGCGGCCAGUGUAGAUAAGGUCUUAGCUCAACCUCACCACGAAUUAGACUCAAAGACGAUUGAUCCUAAAGUUGCCUUUCCAAGACGCGCUCAACCCAAGAUGGUCACGAGAACAAAGAAAAUAUUUGUAGGCGGAUUAUCGGCUAACACAGUAGUUGAAGAUGUGAAGCAGUAUUUCGAACAGUUUGGCAAGGUAGAAGAUGCUAUGCUUAUGUUUGAUAAAACUACAAAUAGACAUAGAGGGUUCGGCUUUGUAACUUUCGAGAACGAGGACGUGGUGGAAAAGGUCUGCGAGAUUCAUUUUCACGAAAUCAAUAAUAAAAUGGUAGAAUGUAAGAAGGCCCAGCCUAAGGAAGUGAUGUUUCCUCCGGGGACGCGGGGGAGAGCCAGAGGUCUGCCCUAUACCAUGGACGCCUUCAUGCUGGGAAUGGGCAUGCUGAGUUAUCCAAACAUUGUAGCAACGUAUGGCCGUGGAUACACUGGUUUCGCUCCGAGCUACAGCUACCAAUUCCCUGGUUUCCCGGCAACAGCGUACGGUCCGGUAGCGGCGGCGGCAGCUGUGGCAGCGGCGCGUGGCUCAGGUAGGGGGGCCCGUGGAAGAGGCGGCUACGCAGCAUACCCUCAGAGCACAGGGCCAGGCUUCCCCGAUUACGGUUUCUAUUCUUCACCAAGCGACCAACGGGCACCCCCCUUCUCCUUUGCGGACUAUGGCUCCCUGGGCCCCCAGGCGGCUCAGCUGCUGCAAAGCGAGCAUGCCACAUCGGCCUGCAACUCCCCUCUCCAGCACCUGGCCAGCCCGGAUCAGUAUAAGAGCCCAGGCACCAACCCACCCCGGCCUGGAGCCUUCCCUGGAGCCAGCAGCCCCGGGCCAGUGGCUGACCUGUAUGGCCCGACCAGCCAGGACUCCGGUGUGGGCAACUACAUUAGCGCUGCUAGUCCCCAGCCUGGCUCCGGCUUCGGACACAGCAUUGCUGGUCCUUUGAUUGCGACAGCUUUUACAAAUGGAUACCAUUGAAACCUAACAGGUGGUUGGUUGCCAUCUCAUUUGAGCAGAGUUUAUCAGGAGGCCCGGGGAAGACUGGUCGGAGUUUCUAAUUGGUUCUGUGUACAGGUAAAGGCCCUUAAACUUCAAGCACUACAGCGCUGGAUGGGAUUCGGAAGCUGAGAUGCUCCACACGAUGAACAAACGAAACGUCUGCAACAUCUCGGAAAGAAAAAAAGAAAAAACAUCGAAACAAUCUGCUGUACUAUUAUUGAAAACUGGCUUUUGAAUAUAUGAUCCCAGUGUAGCCCCUUAACUUGAAGUAGGAUUUUAAUAUUGUUUUCCUUUGUCGUUUUUCUUUCUCCCUUUUAAAGAGUUUCUUAGUCAUCUUUUAUUGUGCACACGUUGAGUCAAGCAACGACAUUUCUUUAUAGAUGUUCUUCAUUGUUCACAAAAGUUCUCUGAUGAGAACGACUAUGUAAAACUGAUGUGUUUUUUUUUUGGUUGUGUAUCUUUUUCUGUUGAAGUUGUGAUAUUCCAAUAGCAGUUUCAUUUCACAGCCCUCGUCUAGCGCAUUUUCAGGUUUCAUUUCACACCAGGUUUCAAUUCGAGCCUAAAACCGCAAUGAGUGUGUAACUCAAAAAAAUCUUAGUAGCUCCGUUAUAUGUUUAGUGUGAUGUCUUGUUAACCAUGAUUACCUAUUUUUGGCAAUAAGAGGACUACAAUAUCUUCAGAGUCCUUUUUUAUAAAUGUCAUUUUUGUUGUGGAUAAAAGAAAAAAGAAAAAGCUUUCCUUUUAAUACUUUGUGAAACGAGAUUUAAAAAGAUACGAUUCUGUAAAUAUUCUCUUCACUGCAUCAAACCGUUUCUGAGAGAGAACCAUAUUUUUGUGAUGGUGUCAUAAAGGUCGUAUUGUGCGCAAGCUGAAAUAUGUCAGCGCAAAAAUAAUCUUUGAGGCUCAAUGCAGUAACCGAGAUCCAUCUGUAGCACAAAAAGCCGUGUUUUACCCCAGUACGGACGAACUCCAAUCAAACACUGUUAGCACGCUUUGUAAAUACUGUUGGCUUUACAACUGUGCAGGUGUCAUACCAGCAUAUGAAUUAGCUAGUACGUUAAAAUGUGCACAGCUACAAAGAGAAUAUACUUUACAAGGUAUACACAAAUCAACAUUGUGAUAAAAGAAAAAAAAUCACCACAAAAUCCAAAGCACACAUUCUUUUCCUUUUUUCGUCGGUUUCGACGAGCCUGAUGUUAAAUCGUGUCGAGACAUUUCACAUUUAUGUUAGAGUUUGUGUUUUAGCGUUUCUUAAGAACAACGUGGCUUCGGUUCCCACAGUUUGUCCACAUGUCAAGAUUUCUACAUGCCUGGAUUGGGUACAACGAAGGCAAUAUUUUCAAACACGAUUAGGAAAACAGAUCUUUUAUACCAUUACCUCAGUCCUGUGAGAAUUACUUUAAAGGAGAAGUACAAAUUAAUUUAUUUUAGGCUAAGACAGAUAAUAAAAAGAUAUUAAAGCGUUGUUUUGAAAUAAAGUCAAUCAUUGCACUGUGAGAGAGAUUUUAUCAUUUUCUAUUUGCACAUGUUACUGACAGUCUCUAACAUGGGUCACGUGAAGGAUCGCUGUGGAAACCGUACGUUUUUUCCACACACUCAUGAAUCUUGAGUCAUGGCUUGCAUUGAUUUGAAGACUGUACUUUUAAAUAAUCUCUUUCCGGGGAUUUUCUUAUAUAGAUAUCGGAGAAGACAGAUGCGUUUAUUGGUAGCAAUAGUUAAUUUCCUCAGAAACACUGAAACUGAUUGAAACCAGUAGCUGCUACACACAUUUGUUGUACAUGUGGGGACUGGAUUUUAUUGAGACACAAAUGGCAUUUAGAAACAUGAAUGAUAUUUACAAAUAUGAAUCGACUGAUGUCUGCUGUUAUUCGAUCUUGCUGUUUUUUUUUUUUUAGUUAUUUAACUCCGUUUGUUUGUUUGUUUUGCGUUUCACUAAACUAACAGUUGUGAGGAGGAAUGCUGGAUUCUUUCUCCUGAAGGAAACUUGAUCAAGUAAUAAUGAUAAAAAAACGCAAGGGGAACUUUGUGCUAACUGUUUGAGCUGUCGAGAAGACAAACGUACAAAAAAAGAAAGAAAAUCCCGAACAUGUUUUGAAUUUAAAUAGGGAUGGAUUUUUAUCAAUAUUUUUGUGGAUGUUAAUGAUUAUACUAAAUAUAACUGACAAUAAUACAGAUAUUAUGUACUGUAUUUAUCAAUUGUUUAUCUCUUCAUUCCCUAUCACCCCAUUCAGUAAUCUUUUGUUGAUCAUUGUAUUUUAGUAGUGUGUAAACAAAAAAUAUGAAAAAGAAAAAAAGAGGAAUAUGAAUUUACCUUGUAAACGAGUCUUGAUGCCAGUGUAGUGGUCUAUACACUUCUUGGUUGGUAUUUAUCACAUUUCCCCUCUUUCUCACACUCCUUUUGUCUUUAUGCCCUUUCUAUAUCUGUCUCACUCUCUCUCUCUCUCUUUAGUGAGUAGCUGUAGGUGUAUCGUAUUUAAUGUUAAGGUGUAGAGGUAUUCAUUAGCAAUUGUAGGACCAGUAAGGAUAGAACUUUCUCUUUGUAAUCAUUUAAAGACAAAAAAUGCAGAGCGUUAUUUUCAUAGUAAUUUUGCUUUCUGGUUUUUUUCCUGUAUUUUUGUUUUUCCUACUUUUUUGUUCCACUGUUUUGCUGGUCUCACAUGGUUUCAACUAACCAAAGCUCUCACUGAUGAAAUCUAGGAGAAAGAAAUUGCUGUACGACAGAAUUGUAACCGAGGCAUUAAUUGGAUCCCCACCCUUGAAUGUUUUUAAAGGGGUGUGCCAUACUACCUUAAAUGCUAACGCUAGAUAUGCAAAACCGUUUUACGUUCGUUCUUUUUCGAGAGGGACGCAAGCUAUAAUUACAGACGUGGAUUUUAUUACAAAAAUGACAAAUUCAUAUUUUUUUGUAAGCUCUAACACAGUAAUUACGAUUUAGCCUAAUAAUGAUAGAUGUGGAUAAAACAGUCAUAGGUUUUGAUAUUGACUCAUCGAAAAUAUCCUCUUUUAAAUACUCAUGGAUUUAUUUUUAAUAGCUUCAGUUUUCAGUCACUUUGAUCCUGAAAAUACAUUAUGAUUGUUCUUACACUUUAAUUGCAUUGCCAGCUUUCCAUUUUAAUUCAACAUUUACAUUUGACAGCGGUAGUGCUUUCUAGUCAGAUGUCACGCUAAGCAUCACUUAGUGUAAUUCCAGCGUCAAACCUGUUUAGUCUAAAUACACUGUAUUCCUGAAUCACAUCUGUUCUCAGGGAUAUCAAACAUGAGCCAUUCUACCACCUUUGUAAGGGAAAUUUUUAAUGAGACUCAGAGUGAGUUCAUCGGAUCUACAGUACAGCACAACUUUUGAUGAACGACUGCAUGACUUCUUAAAGUUUAUUAAAUACAUUCGAGCUAAAUUUGAGGUUGCUGCUAAGAUGAUGUAAUGCAUGAAAUUUGUGCACAGCAUUUUCUUAUUGAAGACGUAAAUUGUAAUAUAUGUGUUCUUUAAAGAACUAGGUGGUCUGUUGUAUUUAGUUGGACUUCAGAUACAUGAUGAAUCGCCCAGAAAGCAUUUACACGUAGCUAAACACUCUUCAAUUCUUAAACAUCGGCAGAUAAAGCACAUUUUCUCUAUAUCAAAUGAGAACGUGACUUUGGCUCUAGAUUAAAAUGAAGGCUGGCAACCUUUUAAAACGCUCUUUUGCGGUCUGUAUCGUUUAGAUCACUUUUCUUUAAAUUCCUAAUUUGACCUCGUAGCUUGGACUUUAAGGUAGCAUGGCUCUGUUGCCACCAUUUUGUUUUCCAUGGACAGCAGUUUACAGCGGAUGAAUGUUACACAUCUUGCUAGACUAGUUAAAUCAUUGGAAAAUUGUUGGUUUUAAAGAAGAAGAAAAAAAGAAACGACCUGGAAGGUGUCGGGGGUUAUUGGGGGUGUACUACCGUAUCCAUUUAAACUUGAAUUUUGUGGCAAGUGCUAGGCAAUGGCCAAAACGAUCAUCCCACUACAAAAGCAACAAAGCGUUCUACAUGUCUGUGUACAGUAUACUUGUGUGCAUUUACAAGAUAUAUAUGUAUAGUGUAUAUAUCCCUUUGUCAAAUUAUCGAAACUGGCUCAUAAACGUUCAUCGAUCAUCAGUGUAGGUGAACAGAAAUGGGCGUUGAGCUACAUACACUUAACUCGCACACUGUUUCGCUGACCAUCGAGUCAUUUGGUCAUUUGUUCUUUAAGAGUAAUGAAAGCUACAGAUGAUACUGGAGGCAGGUUAGUAGUUUAGGUGCAGAACGUUAGGUUUUGAACAGGAAUGUUCAUUAGAAGCGAUACAGUUAGCACAAUAUCACAAGGUGUGGUCUUAUUUCUCAUUUUUCUUUUGGCAACUCGGUCUCGCAUUUUCUCACGCGGCUUCAGUCUCGCAGAUUGCCUUGCCCAUUCCUAACACUUGCCCAUUUUUUAAUGUUAACGGACUUUUUACCGCGAGAACUGACUGAACGGACUGACGUCUGAAAGCAUCUUUCAGGUCCUCUUGUAUGGCUUGCUCAAGCCCUGUUGUAAAAUAAACUAAAGUGGAUGGGGGUCUCUCACAUCUCAGAUGUGGAAAGUAUAAUUUUAUAUUUGUAUUUUCAAAUAAUGAUAAUAAUAAUAAAAAUGUUUGUGAAAGGUUUCCAUCCUCUACUGUGGUCCAGAAAUCAAUGUGUUUGUCUGGAAAAGAUACAAAAAAAUAAUAAAUAAAUAAAAUAAAUAAAAGAGUUUUGAA